GGUUUUCAGCUUGAGAGGUGGGACAGGGAGGGCUUUCACCAUCAGAUUUGCUUUGGGGGAAUAAAACGAAAACAAGUGGCCCUAGUGCAAACAUUACGUUAGGGGUGGGUCCAGGUCCUGGGGAAAAUAAAACAAGAUAAGCCCAGUAAAGGUCUGGCCCCGCUACUAAAAAGGAGCUGAGUCUGCUGACGGGUCCGACUUCAGCUGGGAGAAGGCGAUCGAGAGCCAAGCCAAUCUUCAAACCUGACUUUUCAACCCAUUGGCCAGAGCUGAGGCGUCAGUUUCCUGGGGAAUUGGCCUGGACUGGUCACUGGUCACUGUCAGGCAGGGAGGAGGCCAGCAGGCUCGUUGGAGUUCGGAGUUGGAGAGAGAAGCUGGGAGUUCCCUGGUCGGGAAGACAUCAACUGUGAGUUAAGGGGGAGACGGACACGGAGUGGAGAGACACUUUCCUCCCUUUUCGGAGGGCAGGAAGCCUUCGGCAGGCAGCAGCUGUCAGGCCCCAGCAGGCAAGCCUCACCAGCAGGACCCUCAGAGCUGAGGAAAUGAAAGCCCUCGGCAGCUUCAAGGCUUUUCCAGAGGAAACCUCGCCCACAGAUCUACAGGAAGCCACAUUCACAGGACCCGCACGGCGAGAGGGCUCCUCUUCUCUGAACAUCUGGAAAGAAAUGCCUUCUACCAGCUGCAGGAUGGUUAGCGGAGGAAGGAAUGUCCUCUGGACUCUCUGCUUUCUGCUGCUUCUCCUCGAAGUCAGUUCUGCCAAGAAUAUCUGGAAACGGGCAUCGCACAUGAGGCUGGCUGAGAAGUCCCACGGCAAGGAGGCUGGCGGCUCCCAGCAACCCCGAGCAGACCGCUGCCCGCCGCCCCCGCACUUGCUGCCCCCCGACGCCUGCCAGGCGGCGCGCUGCCAGGCCGACUCCGAGUGCCCGCGGCACCGGCGAUGCUGUUAUAACGGCUGUGUGUAUGCCUGCCUGGAGGCCGUGCCGCCCCCGCCAGUUCUAGAUUGGCUGGUCCAGCCGAAACCUCGAUGGCUUGGUGGCAACGGCUGGCUCCUGGACGGCCCUGAGGAGGUGUUGCAAGGCCUUCUCCAGGGUGGGUGGAGAGCAGUUUCUGACAAGAACCACACACAGGCCCAGGGCCUAGAGAACGCAGAGGCCUGCAGCACCACAGAAGAUGGGGCGGAGCCACUCCUCUGUCCCUCAGGCUAUGAGUGCCACAUCCUGAACCCAGGUGACAUCACUAAGGGCAUCCCCAACCAUGGGCAGUGCGUCAAGCAGCGCCAGCAGGCAGACGGGCGAUUCCUACGACACACAUUGUACAAAGAAUAUUCAGAGGGUGACUUCAAGAACGUGGCAGAACAUGGAAAAGGACAACAGAGGCACCUUCAAUAAAGCAAGGACAGCGACCAGCCUGAAAGGACAUCUCCACUUGCUGCGAAGCCUUGGAAACAGUUGUGUAAAAAUGAUUUGACCCCCAGAGGAUACGCCCAGCUCAGCAGACCAUGACCUCAGAGA